AUGGAAUCUCGAUUUCGAGAUUCGUCAUCGUCUGAUGUUUUGGCAAUAACAUCUACAAGCAGCCAGCCUAUUAGUGAUCAAGAAUCGGGAUACAUUGUUGCAUCUAAUGCCGAAAAUGCUCCAAGGAAAACGGUCGAUUGGAUUCUUGUCCGAAUGGUGAUGGCAGAGGCAUUAGGGACAUUCAUGUUAGUGUUCUGCAUUGGUGGGAUUAUUGGGAACAUGCAAUUUAUGAAAAUUGAAAGAGGGCUAAUGGAAUAUGCAGCCACAGCUGGUUUAACUGUGAUAGUCAUUGUUUUCUCAAUGGGCUCCAUUUCUGGUGCUCAUAUUAAUCCUUCUGUUCCAUUGUAUGUGGCAGCACAAGUUGGGGGUUCUGUAUUGGCAACAUAUGCAGGAAAGUUUGUGUAUGGUAUUAAGGCAGAGGUUAUGAUGACAAGGCCAAUACAAGGGAGCACUUCAGCCUUUUGGGUUGAGCUUAUUGCAACUUUUAUCAUUCUCUUCCUUACCACAUCCUUAUUCACCCAAAAACAACAUCAUGUAAUGAGGCCAGUUUCGGGAGGGUCGAUGAACCCAGCUAGGUCGCUAGGACCCGCGCUAGUUUCGUGGAGAUUUGACCAUUUGUGGAUAUAUAUGGCGGCCCCAACAAUCGGAGCUAUUUUAGGUGUGUUUGUGUAUCGUGUUUUACGACUUCAAGGCUGGUCGUGCCAAUCCGCUUCUUCCAUUCAACUUAACCACAUCUCACUGCAAUAG